AUGGAUCAGUUUACACUUAUUCACUACAAUGAUGUAUACAACAUCGAUGCCAACAGCAAAACGGAACCGAUCGGUGGAGCCGCACGGUUUUGUACCGCAGUGCGAUCAUUCGAUCACUUAGCUCCAUUAGUGCUUUUCAGUGGCGAUGCAUUUUCACCGAGCAUGUUGAGCACCUUUACGAAGGGCGAACAGAUGAUUCCGGUGUUGAAUGCCGUAGGAACGCACUGUGCCGUUUUUGGGAAUCAUGAUUUUGAUCAUGGGCUUGAUAUUCUCAACGCAUGGGUUGAAAAAACAAACUUUCCAUGGUUGAUGUCGAACGUGGUGGAUAACGAAACGGGUCGACCACUAGGGGGUGGAAAAAUCACACUCAUUUUGCACCAUAAAAACUUCAAAGUAGGCCUGAUUGGACUGGUGGAAAAGGAAUGGCUCGACACGCUUCCGACGAUCGACCCCAAUGAGGUGACGUAUGUUGAUUUCAUAAAAGCCGGAAAUCAGCUUGCCGAUCAACUGCACAACCAGGGUUGUGAUAUUAUUAUAGCUUUAACACAUAUGCGAACGCCCAACGACAUUGAGCUGGCGAAACAUUGCGGACGUAUUGAUUUAAUUUUAGGAGGUCACGAUCAUGUGUACGAAGUUUUAAAUAUCGAUGACACCUACGUUAUUAAAUCGGGCACCGAUUUUAGGCAAUUUUCAAAGAUCGGCAUCAAUCUAGAGCGCAACGCAAGUGGUAAAAUCAAAGUCCAUGUUGAAAAGAUCGAUGUCAAUUCGAGCGUAUAUUCGCCAGACGUUGAGCUCGCCCAAGAGUUGCAACGGUUUUCCGAAACCAUCGAGUCCAAAAUGGACGAAGUUUUGGGAACGUUCACGGUCGAACUGGAAGGACGAUUCUCUGCCAUUCGCACUGCGGAAACGAACCUGGGCAACUGGAUCUGCGAUAUCGCGCUAGCGGCCACCGGAGCGGACUGUGUCAUCAUAAAUUCGGGAACAUUCCGUUCGGACCAGCUGCACCCCGCCGGACCGUUCACGAUGCGCGAUCUGAUCAACAUAAUUCCGAUGCAGGACCCAUUGCUGGUGUGCGAGGUCACGGGGCACAUUUUGCAUCAAGCGCUUGAAAAUUCGGUUUCAACCUACCCGAAGCUGGAAGGCCGGUUUCCCCAGAUUGCCGGCAUGUCGUUCGUGUUCGAUCCGACAAAGCCGCCUGGCCAACGCGUAGAACCGAAGCUGAUACGGCUCGGUGAUGAAUGGUUAAAACUCGAGCAAACGUACACGCUUUGCGUGAAAAGUUACAUUUUCGGUGGAUGUGAUGGAUACAACAUGUUCAAGGGAUGCCGCGUGUUGGUGGAUGAUGACGCUGCACCGGAACUGGGACUGGCUAUCCAGAACCACUUCAAGGCAAUCGAUGUUCGCAUGGGAAAAUGCCACCAUACCAAGCAUCGUCAAUCACUAGUCACUCUAUCGCGCCGUCAUAGUAUGGUUCAGAUGCUGGAAAAUCUUGAGCUAGAUGGUCCAUCACCCAUUAGAAGGAAGUCUUGCGCGAUGCUACCAAAAAUGGAACACCAUCUCUGCAACAACCGAGGCAAACUUCUUCGGCGAGCUUCGUUGGACGAUUUGGAGCAUAACAGCUGCCAAUUAGCCCCUGCGAUUCAGCAUAGAAUUAUUGCUGUUCAAAACAACGAUCAUAUGCAAGAGAUGAUAUUAAGACGCGAAACUAUCGAAAAAAACUGUGUCAUCAAGGAGACGGACGAGCUAACGCCACCGUAAGCAAUGUGGCGUGAUAUGUUGAAUGCUUUCGUGAAUGGCUCACCUUACUUCAUGGGAACCGUGUGGUUGAUACAGCAUGACGCGUGAUCUACGCGUAUAACGCGUGUUUACAAUUGUUGGGUAUCUUGUUAGAAAAGUUUGUUUUGGAGUAAUGAUUCACAAACGGAUGAGUUUUACUAUUAUUUUUUCUACAACAGAUUUACUAAUUUAAAUAAAAAAUGU